AUGGCUACUAAGAAGAUGAUCCCUUUGCCGUACCCCUUUUCACUGGAGGAGGAAUUGAAGAAGAAUCCGGAGAUAAAGAUGUCGGAUAUCGAGAUGCUGAGAGAGUGGUGCGAGAAGCAGCAGCAUUUGCCCAAACCUUCUGAUCUGCAUCUGAUUAUGUUUUUGCAUAGCAAUCAUUAUAGUAUGGAGGCGGCUAAGAACAACGUGGAGAACUUCUUCACUAUUAGGUCCCAUGUUCCUGAACACUUCGCUAAUAGGGAUCCUUUGGGGUCGAAAGAACUCCGACAGGCAUUCAAUGUCGCAUUCUCUACUGAAUUAGCUGGACUCUCGAAGCAAGGUCACAAGAUACUUUUUGCCAAGUUGAUAGAUUCUGAUCCAUCCCAUUAUUCUUUCGAAGAUUGUUGCAAGUACUUUUUCAUGGCAAGUGAUUUAAUCGGUCUGAAAAAUGGUACCUGCGAUGGGUAUAUUUUUGUUGGAGAUUCGGCUAAUGUGUCAUUAGGCCAUGUAGGCCGAAUAAGUCCUAUGGGAAUGAAGAAGUUGGUGAUGUACGUUCAGGAAGGAAUACCAGUUCGAUUAAAGGGAAUACAUUUCAUUAAUACUCCAUCGGUGAUGGACGUGAUCAUGAAUAUGGCGAAACCUUUUAUGAAGAAGGAACUUUGGAAUAUGAUACAUCUACAUUCGUCGUUAAAGACACUCGAGGAAUUCGUGCCCCUGGAUCUGCUACCGAACGAAAUCGGUGGAAAAGCUGGCUCGAUAAUUCAAAUGCAAGAGGAGCAGAUAAAAGAAAUCGACAGUAAACGAGAAUGGUUCAUCGAAGAGGUGAAAUUGUCUUCGGUGGAUGAGUCAUUGCGCAUUGGAAAAAGUAAGACUGCGAACGACCUGUUCGGUGUUGAGGGCACAUUCAAGAAGCUUGAAAUAGAUUGAAAAAGAUAUCGAUACGGUAUCUUAUUUAACAGAUGACAAAUUUUUUGU